GAGGAGGAGCGUCAUAUACAGGGCACCCUCGAACGACUGCGAGCGUAUGGGGUGGGAACGAUGACCGAAGCAAAUGCUCGCUAUGCAUUGCGAGUGACAAAAUCUCAAGGAGAAGGCGAGGCUGCUUUCCGACUGCUGAUGCUGCUGCAAGAGACGUACGAAGGCAUAGUGAAACCAUUUGUGCCGAAUACGAAACUGCUGGGAGCGAUCAAUCGGGAGUCUGUCACCUGUUAUCUGGACGCUUUGCUCUUCGCAAUGUUUGCUCGGCUCGAUAGCUUCGAGGCAAUGCUCUACGAGAACUUCGACGAUGCGCCAAGGAAGAAGCUGGCUGGACUUCUUCGAUUAUGGGUGAAUCUGCUUCGCUCGGGGAGGCUCAUCACAACGGAUGUGACCAGAUAUGUGCAGGAAGCACUCUCGGAAUGCGGCUGGGUAGAUGCUUCGCGGUUGAGGCAACAGGAUCCGUCGGAGGCGUUCACAUUCAUUACUGGACAACUAGAGUUACCUCUAUUGACUUUGAAGAUGGAUCUUUUCCACACGGGCAAGGAAGAUCCCCAAGACGACCACAAAUUUGUCAAUGAACGACUGCUCGAAGUAGCCAUUCUGGAUCAGCCGUCAGAGGGUAAUAGCGUCAUAACGCUGGAGGACUGUCUGGAGCACUACUUCAAUAAUCGCAUCGAGGUGAAGCGACAUUUGGAAAACCAACGGCGCAACACGCUGAAAACCGCCAAUGGACAGCCUGCAUACCCUGUCGAGAAGGCGGAGCAUGUUGAGAAAGUCGAUGGUGGUCUUCACGUCGAGGUCGCGGAGGUCGCACCGAGCGUCUCGGGCACUCCACUUGUGCAAACACCAGCCACUGAGAGCCCGUCAACAUCGUCUAAGGGACCCUUGGAUCGAAUCAGGCCAGGACUCGGACGCAAGCGAGGGGAUAGCAUUUUUAGCCAACGUCGAGUCGAGAUCGUGGGCAUCGAUCCAGACGAAGCCACGGUCGAAUCGGAAGCUCCAGCAGAGAAAGAGAGAAAGAUGAGCACAAAGACGGAAGUUCUCAUGCCAGCCUGGCAAUUCUUCAAGCUAUUGCCUUGGUAUACAGCGAACAUGCCCACCUCGGAUGCCCAAGUCGCCGCACACUUCUCUCGACAACGGCCGGUGCUCGGUAUAUGUCUGAAACGGUAUUCGUUCACGAAUGCCGGCCAAGCAACAAGGCUGAACACUUUUAUCGAUAUCCCAUUGGAAAUUGCGGUGCCAAACUUCGUCAGCGACGAGCAUAUGCAGGAAGAAGGACCGUUGGUCGGAAACUUCAGGCUUCUCCUACAGUCUGUCGUCUGCCAUAGAGGCGUGUCUGUCAAUUCCGGACAUUACAUAUCUCUGUGCCGCGGCCAGGCGUCCAAUGCUACCUCGGAGUCGAACAAUCCCGAGGACCACAGGGGCAGUAUGGGCAGCGACGAUUUUGAAGAUCUGUGGAUGCGAUUCGAUGAUCUGGCAAAGGAAAGGGUCACAUAUGUGGACAUUCGGGAAGCCUUGAGGCAAGAGACUCCAUAUCUGCUGUUUUACCAGGUCCAACCUAUCGACGAGGACGGGACUCCGAUCCAC